UUUACGUAUUUAAUUAUCUAUUAUUCUAAUAUGAUUUCUUAUUCCUUAAACGUAAUUCUUUAAUUAAAAAAUCCUAUUUUUAAUCAUUAUAUCGAUUCAUGUGUCGUCUGUCUUUCAUUUUCCGUAUUUUCCACGAUGUUAAAUUUCAUUCGUCAAGUUAAACGAGAUUGCACACUUAGAAAUUAUUAUCUUUCCAUCCUCGUUUCCUCGAUUCACGCUUCUACUCAAUUCCUCCAAAUAUUUAAUAUCGCGUCAACAUAGAGUUUAGCUGAAUAAUGCAAGCUGUUAUAUUAGAUAACAUGACUGACGCUUUCCUGACUGAAACUAAAAGAGAAUAUUCCAUGUUAUCUGCAUCUUCUCACCGUUAAAAUGAACCACAUGUUACACAAAAUCGAGGCGCAUGCUUCGUUACCAGGACGACCGAUUCGCCUAACCGUACACAAAACGUCCAUCAGCAUAAAUAAACCUAUUGUUAAUCUCUUUUCCAUUCAAAGGUUAUCGCACUGUUCGAAAGAAAUUAGAUUUAAUCCAACUUCCAUUUCUUAGAAAUUUUCUAAAAAUAUCGUAGCUUUGAAAAAAAAAAAAAAGAAAAAAUUAAAAGCUAUCGCGAAGUCGAAAAAAUAUCGCUGAUCCACAUUAUUUACGGUGAUAAUGAAUACAGUGAAUCCGAAAUAAACAUCGUGAAUCUAUUAACGUAACGAGAAAAAUAUCGUAGAUCUAAGUUAAUCUAAAAAACGUUCCUUAAGUAAAAGAAAUAUAGUGAAUGCAAAAUAAAAUAAAAUGUGAAACGAAAUAUUGUGAAAUAUUUAACAGUGCAGUGAAGUAAUUUUUCUGAGAUAAAAAAGGAAGAAAGAAAAUAAUUAAAAUAAUUAAAAUAAUCGCGGAUAUACUUAUUCCAUGAUCUUUAUUCCUCGAAUGAAUAAUAUAUCGUGGAUAUCGAAAAACGAUAAUUCAAGGGAUUCGAAGUGAUUAAAAAAAUAAAUUAAAUAAAUUAAAUACAAUACAAACUCGGUUAAAUAAUAAAUCGAUCCUCGUCGCUAAUAAUACUCGUCAUGUCAAUCGAGGGUGAAUUUUUUCUCUCGAUCACAGGAUCCAUCGAAUACGCGGAAUUUUACGACAUCGACAACGCCUACUGCAAAUACGGAUUUCACUUUGGCCCGGAAUGGAGCGUGGUCGCGGGUAUCGAGGAGGGUUUGACACAGAUAUGCAAGUGCAGCGAUGACCCGCGAAAUCUGGCAGUUUGGAAUUUCCCGCUGGAAGUCACGUUCAAGAGUACUAAUCCGUAUGGAUGGCCCCAAUUAAUAUUGUCUGUUUAUGGGUUGGAUGUCUUUGGCCACGACGUCAUCAGAGGAUAUGGAGUGUGUCAUUUGCCGCUGAAAAUAGGUCUCCAUGAGAAAAGGGUAUCCGUCUACGUGCCAGAAUCUUCAUCGAUGUUGCAACGUUUCGCAGCCUGGUUAACCGGAAGAAGGCCAGAAUUAAUUGAUCCAACGAUAUUGGCCACUGGUGGUGGUAGAGAACUCACGCGCAUGAGAGUGGAGGGUAUUGUUACCGUAACGUUCAACGUAGUGCUGAAAGAUUUCUUCAAGUUGGGAUACAACAAUGGCGAUCAUCAAAAAAAGUAACGAGAUAUUUCCUUGGCUUGAAUCGAAUGAUUACGGCACUUCCUUCUAUUCGAAGGAGAAGGGUGAUAGAAGGGGAGACGAAAGAAAAUUUAUAUCGUUCACUGCCAAUUUAAAAUCAAUCGUUCGUACAAGUUAAAUGUUAGCGUUAGAUGUAUAGAUUUUUGUGUCGAUGCGUAUUUUUUCUACAUUAAUAAAAUAGCUUUAAUAUUAUUAGAAAUAAACGUACGUAAUUUAUUUUAUAAUUCGAGAGGAAAAAGUAAUAAAAUUACGAAAAACUUGAACUUGUUAUAAUUUUAAAGAUGAUGAUGAUAAUCGGAUCGAUGGAUGAAAGAUCGUUAAAAAAAACGGAAUCGUACUCUUUAAAACCCGAUUUCGAUUUAUCUUAAUACGACUUCCGGUUGCCGAGAUAAUAUCGUCGCGUAAAAUGAUGAUAAGAAAGCGAUACGGUUAAAUGGAGAUUAAGAAAGAUGUAGAGAAAAAAUGUAAGAGAAAGAUAUUUUUUAAUAAUUUUUAUUAUCUUCGUCCUUAUUGCAAUACUCUGAUUUCUUGUUCGCAUCUCACU